AUGAAGACGAUCCUCUCCUCCCAGACGAUGGACAUCCCCGAGGGGGUCAAGAUCAAGGUUCGGGCGAAGAUCGUCGAGGUGGAGGGACCGCGGGGGAAGCUCACCCGAAACUUCAAGCACCUCAACCUCGACUUCCAGCUCAUCGAAGAGGGCAGGAAGCUUAAGGUGGACGCAUGGUUCGGCACUAGGCGGACCAUGGCCGCCAUCAGGACCGCCAUCAGCCACGUCCAGAACCUUAUCACUGGUGUAACGAAGGGGUACCGGUACAAGAUGCGACUUGUGUAUGCUCACUUUCCCAUCAACGCCAGUAUCACCAGCAGCAACAAUGCCAUCGAAAUAAGGAACUUCCUCGGAGAGAAGAAGGUAUAUAUGUUAUUAUUGACUUAUCGCAUUUGAGCAUAAUGUGUUGUCUGGGAAUCUUUUCCUCUUUCCCGAUUAGCGGUUGUACAUGAUUUUCUUUAUCUUAUCGGAUGGUUAUGUAUUUAAUUUUUGCUCUUCUUUAUCUUAGAUAUGAGGCAUUUACAGUAUCUAUGAAGAACUAUUGUGCAUACCUAUAUUUUUUUCCUGUCCAGAAACAUCUCUACUGCCGCCAUGUGUUGUUCUGCAUGUGUUGAUCAUGAUAGGAUCAUUAAUAAUGAAGGUGAAAGGCAUGCAAGAGAUCCUUGGAUGAGUUCUUAUCAAGAUCUGUCUUGACUCCUACCCAUUCUGACUGCAUUUUUUCCCCUAACAUUCUAUGUUGCCAGUGAUUUUGAAUGUUUAUUGAUUAUCUAAAUCAAACGGAAAUUGUGAGAUUCCUUGGGCAUCCAGACUCAAAGCCAACUAAUGUCCCCGGACGGAAAAUGCUUAUCACUGAUUUAAUUUAAAUUACUGGGUUAUCCAACUAAGAACCAAGUGGCGACGAGUGGUCUGGCCCCGAGUAUCAUCCAUAGGGUUAUAUGCUUUUUCAACCAACGUGGGACUUUUGUAUCAGAAAUAAAUAGCAUGAUACAAUAUUGAAUAUUUCGUAUCACUUUAUAAGGUUUCGUGGUUUCAGGACUUGAAGGGUGCUUCUCAGUUGCUUAUUUGCCUUGAGUGAAUUGGCUAUAUCUGAAGUAAACCCUCAUUCUAUGUAUUAUUCCCUGCCUUCUAUUUAGGGCCUCUACCAAUCAGAUUCAGUGAAAUCUCUCUUACCAUUAGAAGAGAGUGAUACCUUCCCUUUGUUAGUAAAUUAUUGGUGUUUUUUGAAGGGUUGAAUUGUCGACGUUCUUUUUAAACUCUAAUUCCUCUCGUGGAAAAUAAUGAGCACAAAGAAAAGAGAAUGAGAGAGAAAACGGAGGGGACCCCAAGAGCCAGAUCGCAUCAGGCAGUGAUAUAUCUCAUAAAUAGCUCAACAAAUCUUUGAAGAAGGCCUAUACUGGUUCAUUAAUUACCUCAACAGUUCCUGAAUUUCCCAUGUACUUUUACCUCAGGUCCGUAAGAUCGACAUGCUUGAAGGAGUGAAGAUUAUCCGGUCUGAGAAAGUCAAGGACGAGCUCGUUCUUGAUGGUAAUGACAUUGAGCUUGUUUCUCGCUCCGCCGCCUUGAUAAACCAGGUCAGCAACUAUCUUUAACCCAUGAUUCUCUCCGCCUGCUGAAUUCCCUAUUUAUUUCUGACUCUACCGAGAAAGAGUUGACUUUCUUGGACUGGUAUUGAUCAAUCUUCUCAUCUACUGUAGAAAUGCCACGUGAAGAACAAGGAUAUCCGGAAAUUCUUGGAUGGUAUCUACGUCAGCGAGAAGGGCAACAUCGCAGAGGAAGAGUGA